UUUUUCCAUUUGAAGUUUGCGUGAAUGAAAUUUUCUUGCUUGUUGAAAAUAGUUAUUUUACUGUGAAAACGCGACAUUUCACUGUGAAAUGUCAUACACUUCCGACGAGGAGGUUAUUCCUCCAAGUCCAUCAUCAGCCAUCGCCGUUCGGAGCCAAAAGAGACUCAUUGGGCGAUUUUCCCGACGUCAUUCCCACGUCUCGCAGAUUGCUACGAUUGUGAAGAACGCUGAGAGUAGUGUUAAUGAUAUUAUGUCGCAGAGAGAAGAGACAGAGAAUCAGGUGAUUGAGAAUCCCUUAGUUGAUCGUGUCGUUCUUCCUGGACCAAGUCAGGCGCCUGAUAUGCACAAAGGUGGCUUUAAUGAAAGUAUUCUCGAUAGCAUCUAUGAUUCUCCGGAACAGAAAGACUCGCCAGAGGCAUUGGAAGAUAUAUCUGCGUGGAUGGAAUUACCCGAGACUGCGAUAGAACCUCCGGAAAUACUAAAAACAUCAGCAGAAGCGUCUCUUCCGGAUUUUGUGGCACUCUCACAGAUUGCAAGUAGUCAGGGAGUAGCAGGAGAGCUUGGUACUGGCUCCAGAAGCAAUGCUGGUGAUACUCAGCUGCGUUUUGAGCAGUAUUUAAAUGAGGAUGUUGAUGUUUUCCUGGAAGUUCCCUCUCAGGCACCAGAUUGGCAAAAGUGCAGUAGUCCCGUGAGAAAAAGACUCAAAAUAGACAAUUCUGCUGCAAAUUCUCCGGAUGUUUUGCAUAUGGAGACGGAAAAUUUACUAGAAAGCUCAGAUGAGGAUAUUCCAAAUAUUUUCAACAAGACCGUCGUCAUGCCAGGAGAUGAGGAGGAAGAGAAGGACGAUGGAAAUUUUGGUGUAUCCCCAGUUAUUAAGGGGAAUAUUGAUGUGCUCAGUAAAUCUUUUGACGGAGAGGAAUCCUCACAGAAAUCAUCUUCUGAAGGGAAGCAGUCUUUGCUGCAGAAAAAGCAGCAUUUUGUGGAUGUUCAGUUGGUACGGAGGAGCUUUUUUGAUGUCUCUCAACCUACGAGAUCACAGGAAAAACCUAAAAUUAAAGAGGUCACAGAUAUCGUGUCAAGUCCAACGUGUUCGAAAAAGGUCGCAGCCCCAAAGAGGCUCUUUAGGGAAGCCUUUAAGCCACAUGAGGAAGAUGCGACAAAUGAGCCACAAUCUCCCCUUCGCGAUGAUCCUCAGCAAGGAUUUGCAAUUUCUGGAAUUCUUCCGAUGAAUCCUCAGCCAUUUGGGGGCUUUAUGAUGGCAAAUAUGAAGAAAGUUACCAUUUCUGAGGAGACGAUGAAACGAGUACAGCAUGUUUUUGCUGAUUUGGGUGGUUGUGCUCCUCUUGGUGAUGCUCCAGGUUUUCAAACUGUCAGCUUCCGCAAAGAGUGCCCCAAACCAGCAGUACCAAAGCUCAAAGAAGAAGAAUCUGUCGCUGAGGCACAAAUGGAAGAGGAAGGGAAAGCACCAGUUGAGCAAAAAAGAGAUCCUGAUAGUGAACAAGGUUACUUCUGUAGUUCAAUGUUCGAGGAUAUGUUCACACAGAAUGUCCUGGAAGCAAUAGAAAAACCAGAAAAAGAAACUUCAGCCCCUAGUCAAGUUUUCACAGUAACUGAUGAUGUAAGAUUAGGAAGGGAAGCAGCGACAAAGCACCAAGAAGAAGUAAUUGCACAAAAGCCCAAAACCUACUCUAAGGCAUUCAAAAGUGAAAUGAUUGAGAAGAAAUUAGCGCCAAGGAAGAAGACACUGAAGGACUUUGUUUCCGAACAGUUACCCCGGAAGUACACUGAGAUGGAACUUCGUGAUCAUGGGGUUAACGUUGCAGCAAUAGGUCUCUGUUGGGAAAAGAGUUUAGAGAUUGAAUUUGACUUGAGUGAGCAUUGGCAGGAGAAGGAAGUUAAAAUUGAGCAUUUUGCACUUGUUCCGGAUUUGAGGAAUAAAAUUGGAUUCCGUGGACUUUCAAGAGCUUUUCUGGCUUCAAAGGGUAUCAAUCCACAUAUCAUACCUGAAGGAUGGUUAGAAAAUUCCUGGAAGUUUGUUGUGAGUAAACUGGCAGCGAUGGAAGUUUCCUUUCCGGGAUAUUUUGCCGGAGAAGCCCUAACACUGCGGAAUGUUCUUCAUCAGCUGCACUACAGGUACCAUCGAGAGUUCAAUUUGGGGGACAAACCAUGCUUGAGAAAGAUCACGGAACUCGAAGAAGCAGCCCAGAAAACCCUCAUUCUCUAUGUUCUGGACAUUCGGAGUGAGGACUUUGUAAUAUUAAGCGAUGGAUGGUACAAAAUCCCCGGAAAACUGGACAGAGCUCUCGAAGAUAGAGUGAAAAGAGGAAAAAUCAUCCGAGGAACUAAAUUAAUUGCUCAAGGAUGUAAAUUACUAAACUGUGAUAGUGAAUACUCACCCCUAGAUCUACCUCCAAAUGUCUUCCUAGAAUUACAUGGAAAUGCAACGAGGCGUUGCAGGUGGGACACAAAAUUAGGCUUCUACCCCCAAUCGCAACCUCAUUGCGUCAAUCUCGACAGUGUAAUGUACAACGGUGGCCUUAUUCCGCAAAUUCGCGUUAGAAUAAUCCGGGUAUACCCGGCAGUGUUCACGGAAGUCUCCCGGGAACGAAGGAAACCAAUCGUACGGUCCGAAAGGGCAGAAAAGCGCUACUGCGCUCGCCUUUCAAGGUGUUUUGAUAAUUUUGAGAAUAUCUACAAUGAAGUUCAGGAGGAAUUUGCAAAGCGCCAAAGUCAGCACAGCAUUUCAAUCAGGAAUAUUACAAACAUCUCCAGCAUCAGAGAUCCAGAGCAACUAAACAACCUUCUCAACUACUCCUAUGAUCCCGAAAGUGUGGAGAAUGGGAUGACUGGUACGCAGAAGGACAUGGUGAGGCAACAUUUAGCCAAGAUACAGGAGAAGCGUUACCAGGAGAUUGCAGAUUGUGUCCGGAAGCGAUUGCGGCAGCAGAGAGUAGUGAGAAAAGUUCGAAGAUUAUUGCAAAUACGGGCAGUGGAUGCAAAAAGACCAGCUGGGAAUUUUGUAAUCAACUUCUGGACACCCCUUGAGGAGAUUACAACCCUUUUCAGGGAGGGAGAUGUCUACGAGUUCACCAGUUGCAAUGCCAGGGAAAUACGCAAUGGGGAUGUCUACAUUGAUGGACCAUCCGUUGAAGAGGAAGAUGGUAAUAUCCGGAAACUCGAUGGAAGUCUCUUUCCGCCAGCACCUCAAUACGAUCGGCACAUAACAUCCUUUCCGGAAUUACCAACGCGAGAGCGACCGGAUUUCACGGAAUUUGACGUUGUUGGGGUGGUUGUGGAGAUUCAGUGUAUGCAGGAUAAUCGAAAAUUCGAACAAGUCCUCCUGGCGGAUCCCCAGAAGAAUAUCAUACGCUUGACUUUCUGGAAGGGUUUAGCUAACUUUGCUUUAGAGGACGUGGUAACCCUGGGGGCUGUGCUGUGCUUUAGCAAUCUCCAGUGGAGGCCUUCAAGCACCCAACCACAGCUUGCAGCUUCGGAAACAACGGUUGUCACGAUGAAUCCCAAAAAUCUCGCUCAUCAGAAAGCUCUCGAGGAUGUCCGGCAAUUAGUCAGCAGUCGGCAAAGUAUACAAGAUUUUCUUGAGGAAUGCAAACAAAAUAUACAAUGAGGUGGCAAAUAAAAAUGCUGAAAUAUAAAUUA